ACCGAAGCGAAAGACUUUCGUUGCACAAAAGUGAACUGAAUCGGCUUUUGUUUUUGUCAGUUGCAAAUCGAAGCAAACCAGUUUUUCAAUCAUAUUUUCCGUUCCAGUUGUGAAAAUUCUUGCCAGUUUUCCGUCCAGAUUAGGAACAAAAAAUUAAGAAAUUAGAUUUGCUGCUAAAAUGAAUCGUUUGGCGAAGCUUCGGCUGCGCUCGUCCUCCGGAGUGGGGCUCAACGCGAGUUGUCAAUCGCUUGGCAACGGAGCCGGUUAUGAAACGGCCAACGACGAAAGUAUCACUUCCGGCUGCUCAUUGUACUAUUCUGUGACAGAGGAGGAGGGAGGCGAUGGUAACGCAAAUGAAACCGCCACAAAUGUAGUGGAGCCGAUCAGCAAAACACAAGAUGAGGCACAACAGCAGCAAAAAAACAACGUCGCAACAGGAGAUCUGACAAAAGAGGACAAUUCGAUCGAUGCCACUUUGGAGAAUGACUUUAGUGUGGAGGAAGUGAGCACCAUCCGAAAGCCGAUGAUUGUGGCCGCUUCGCCUGCGACGGUAAAGAUUGCCAGUAAAAUGAGCUGCAAAUAUCUGGGAGUGUCUUCGACUCCCGCCAAGGUCUUGCGCCGUAGCGUCGGGAAGAAUUUGAGUGGGAUUGAGAAGUUGAACGAGACUAACGAAAAACAAUUGCCAUCGGCCAUGAAGAAGAUGAGAGAACCAAAGUUGUCGGAGGAAUCGGCGGCGGAGGACGGGGAUGACACGAAGAUGACGUUGGAUAAUAGCAUUCAGUCGGUGGUCGACAAAGGAACUCCGGCAGCCGCGCACAAAUCUUUUGGAACUAACGUUUUGACGCAAUUUUUCGAAUCAUUGGACGUUAACAAAUCUACUCCGGCUCCAGUGCCGCAGAUCAAAGUGAACACACCAAGCCCGGAGAAAAAGCGAGAAUCUAAUUCGCUUGAGAAUUUCUUUGAGUCGCUGAAAAAGGACCCGAAAGAGGAACGAACUGGUGGAAAGGAAAAUCGACCUCAAAGCGAACGGAAGAAUGGCAUUAGGAAAUCUUUGAUCCCAAAGGCACCGGAAGUUAAUCCAACGCGAACAAGAAAGAGUAUUUUCGGAGUGGACAAUCGAAUUGCAUCGCCGAUUGCGAAACCUUCCCGCAAGUCCAGCACCGUACGAUUGAUUCCGGACCGGUUGAAGGAAAUGCGAAAGGCCAAUCAAUCGGAUCUGGUCAAUGUCAAGCGGAAAUCAGUGGUUCCUCCUGUUGUGAAGCCGAUUGUCGCCCAGGAACCGGAGGUUUCAGCUUCCAAGAGCAAGGGGGAGAUUGUAGGUGAUUCGAUCCAGGUAGGUCCGAACCGGAAAUCAAUGGUGCCGGCUCCCAGAGUGGGCACAAUGACGGCCAGACCGCCGCUCGCCAGUGCAGCAGCAGUGAAACGUAAAUCGGUGGUCCCGGCGGCAAUUGCAUCCCGCAGAUCCGUUCUACCGGCUAAGAAUCUUCGGCGCUCGGUUGUUUCAGCCCCGCCAAAGAUUGCUCUAAAAGUGCCAGCUAAGACUACUAUCACGGGCAGGGACACAUCCCGUCGUACAACUCUCGGCAAGCGUUCCGUCACAGAUUCCUCCAUAGAACGAACGGAACCUAUGUCCAAGCUGCGUAAAUCUCUUGCACCCGUUAAAGAGGCCAAAACGGAACACUCUCCGAAGGAAUCCCAGCCGAAGCCAAUUUCCCGUAUUCGUCCACCGUCGAUUGCAAGCAGCACAGCUCCAACCUCGUUCAAAAAACCAGAAACUUUCAACUGCGAUACUUGCCAGCGCCCUUUCCGACUGAAAUCCUCCCUGGAGACACACAAAAAGAUAGCUCAUCAAGCGACCACCCCGUCCCCAGGGACGUCCUCCGGCACGGAACUCAGCAAAACCCCAGACACCAAAUGCCGUUACUGCUCGAAAACAUUCAUCAACGGGAAAAUUCUCUCGAAUCAUAUGAUUUCCAACUGUCUGAAGAUUCCCAUUCCAGAGAAGCGCAAACUGCUCGCUCUGGACGAUCAAGAACGAGCCAAAUCAUCUCCGUCCCGGACCCCCGUCGGACGGCCCAAGGCACCAUCGGCCAUCGGAAGUGCCACCUCACUCAAUAACACGGAUACGUCCACUUCGAGCAGCAUCGGGGACACCAGUGCCAACAGCAGCAAUGCAUCAACACGUCCGACGUCCUCAAACGGAACGGGUGGUGCCAUUCGGAAGCAGGGACGAAACGGCAUCGGUCACACCGGAAUCACCCGGACGCCGAAGAAGGAGAUGAAGUGCCAUCUCUGCGGUCGAAAGUUUUUGAAUGCCGGGCAGUAUGCGCUGCAUGUACAGGCGCAUGCCAAGGGAAUGGAAUCGUUGGAGACGGGUGCAGGUCGGCCAACGGUCGAUGGGGCGAAUAAGGCGAGGAAUGGCGGACGAUUGACGGUACUGGGCCCGGAUGAUGCAAGCAAAAUCGUACAAAAGCUGGUCAAUUUGGGCAAAAAAGUUUGAAGGCAGAUAAAAGGCAAGGAAAUGUGUGGCCAAGGGUGCGUGAAAUCAUCAGCUCAGUUCGGAUUUUGUUUUUUUUAACCUAUAUAUGACAAACUUUUUAUUUCUGACAAUUCGGGAAUUUAGUGUGUAAUUUCUUUUGUUCUAUAAAAUUAUUUCUUUUGUAUUCAUCGUGAA